AUGGGAAGAGAUACUGUGAUACAUGUAUUCAAGGACACAUCUAAAAUAUGGAUGAAUUGUCAAAAAACAGAGGGGCGGAAAGUGCUGAAGAGUUCCAAAAGGAAAUAUUUACUCAGGGCAGCGCGGACCCGGGCUUCGCUGACGUUCUUGGAGCCGGCCCCUCGCCCUCACGCGGCGGAAGCAGUUUGUCUUCAGUCGGCCACCGUUGCGUCAGCAUCCCGGAGUAUUUUGUCCGCUCGCCGCCGCCGUCUCAGCUUAUUAGUCACCGAGUUCCAGGGCUUCGGAACUUGUAUUUGGGGUGAGCCGGCUAGUGUUACCAGCAUCAUGGAGUCGCCCUUUAGCUCGGGACUCCCUCACAGGCCAGAUGAAGACUGGGACUCUGCCCUGUUUGCCGAACUUGGUUAUCUCAACGACACUGAUGAACUGCAAUUGGAUGCAGCCAGUGAAACUUACGAAAGCAAUUUUGAUCAUCUUGAUUUUGAUUUGGACUUAAUGCCUUGGGAGUCAGAUGUUUGGAACACCAACAGCCAACUCUGUAUAGUUAAGGAUAUUAAAACAGAAGCCCAGCCAUUUUCUCCAGCCUCCUCAAAUUCUUCAGGUUCAUCUCCUCGGUCAGUGGACUCUUACUCUUCAACGCAGCAUGUUCCUGAGGAGUUGGAUUUGUCUUCUAGUUCCCAGAUGUCUCCGCUGUCCUUGUAUGGGGAAAGUGGUCACAGUCCCUCCUCAGCAGAGCCACUGAGGGAAGAUAAGCCUGUCAUUGGUCUUACUACUAAAACUGAAAAUGGACUGACUCCAAAGAAAAAAAUUCAGAUGAAUUCAAAACCUUCAAUUCAGCCCAAGCCUUUAAUCCUUCCAGCAGCACCCAAGACUCAAACCAACUCCAGUGUUUCAGCGAAAACCAUCAUUAUCCAGACACUACCAACACUUAUGCCACUGGCAAAGCAGCAACCAAUUAUCAGCAUACAACCUGCUCCCACGAAAGGUCAGACUGUUCUGCUCUCUCAGCCUGCUGUGGUACAACUUCAGGCGCCUGGAGUUCUGCCCUCUGCUCAGCCAGUGCUUGCCGUCACUGGAGGAGCCACCCAGCUACCCAAUCAUGUGGUGAAUGUGGUCCCGGCCCCUGUGGUGAAUAGCUCUGUGAAUGGAAAACUUUCCGUGACUAAACCUGUCCUACAGACUACUGCAAGAAGUAUGGGUUCAGAUAUUGCUGUGCUAAGGAGACAGCAACGCAUGAUAAAAAAUCGAGAGUCAGCUUGUCAGUCUCGCAAGAAGAAAAAAGAAUAUAUGCUGGGACUAGAGGCAAGGCUAAAGGCUGCACUUUCAGAGAACGAGCAACUGAAGAAAGAAAAUGGAACUCUGAAGAGGCAGCUGGACGAAGUUGUGUCAGAGAACCAGAGACUUAAAGUUCCGAGUCCAAAGCGAAGAGCCAUCUGUGUGAUGGUAGUGUUGGCGUUUGUGAUACUGAACUAUGGGCCCCUUAGCUUUCUGGAACAGGAUUCCCGGACGAUGAAACCUAGUGUGAAUCCUGCAAACCAAAGGAGGCACCUUCUAGGAUUUUCAGCUAAAGAAGUGCAAGAUACAUCAGAUGGCAUCAUCCAGAAAAAAAGCUACAGCUAUGAUCAUUCUGUUUCAAAUGACAAAGCUCUAAUGGUGCUAACUGAAGAACCGGUACUUUAUAUUCCACCACCUCCUUGUCAACCUCUGAUUAACACGACAGAAUCUCUCAGGUUAAAUCAUGAACUUCGAGGCUGGGUUCAUAGACAUGAAGUGGAAAGGACCAAGUCAAGAAGAAUGACAAAUCAUCAACAGAAGACCCGUAUUCUUCAGGGUGCUCUGGAACAGGGUUCAAAUUCUCAGCUGAUGGCUGUCCAAUAUACAGAAACCACUAGCAUCAGUGGGAACUCUGGGAGUGAGCUGCAAGUGUAUUAUGCUUCCCCAAGAAGUUAUCAAGACUUCUUUGAAGCCAUCCGCAGAAGGGGAGACACAUUUUAUGUUGUGUCAUUUCGACGGGAUCACCUACUGUUGCCAGCUACCACCCAUAACAAGACCUCAAGACCAAAAAUGUCAAUUGUGUUACCAGCAAUAAACAUAAAUGGUAAGUGGAAAUUUGUUUUUUGAACAGCAUAAGAUUAU